GGCUCCUUUGCCUCUGGCGUUAAGCAAAACAUCCAGUUGGUUUGCUGGCCAAGUUGACUGGGGCUGUUGGCCGGACCUGGGAAGGCCCCAGCAACGUCCACCUUCUCUGAUGAGCGAUGGAAGGGUUAAACACAAACAGCUGGGUCCUGAAAUCUCCAUUCAGCAUCACUAACCUACUCCAAGAUGUGGCCUCAAGCGGCGCUCCCAAGGGACCACUGUCAUCACCGUUGUUGAGGGAAGACGAGAACGUCGUAGCAGCAGCAGCAGCCGGUGAGGAACGGCAGAGGUUGAGAAAAGAUGAUCUUUCUGGCGAAAGGAGAGGAAAACACGAGAAGCCACCUUUCAGCUACAACGCCCUGAUCAUGAUGGCCAUCCGUCAGAGCCCAGAAAAGCGCCUCACUCUCAAUGGCAUCUACGAGUUCAUCAUGGGCAGCUUCCCGUACUACAAGGAGAACAAGCAAGGCUGGCAGAACUCCAUCCGCCACAACCUCAGCCUCAACAAAUGCUUCGUCAAGGUGCCCCGGCACUACGACGACCCUGGCAAGGGCAACUACUGGAUGCUGGACCCUUCCAGCGAGGACGUCUUCAUCGGAGGCGCCACCGGAAAGCUGCGCAGGAGGCCAUCAACUUCCCGGACCAAGCUGGCCUUCAGGAGAGGAGCUCGGCUGGCUUCGGCCGGAGUGACCCUGGCCGGAUCUCUCUACUGGCCUCUGCCUCCUCUUUAUGGUGCCUCCUCAGCCUACCUGAGCCAUCCCCCUGGCACCUUCUCUUCCAUUUUCUCCCACCAGGCUAUUUCUCCUCCAGCGGGGCACAGACAGGUGGAAGUAGAUGGCUCCUACAGCAACCACCAGCAGAUCGCCACAGCGAUGUUGGCCUCGGCCAUCCCUUGCAGCCUCUCCUCACCCGACUGCCUGGACUCCUGCUCUGUCAACUUCCUGGCCGGACAGGCGAAUUACAUCUUCUCUCAGAGACAUCACACCCUGCCAAUGAGACCUCAGGCUGUUGUCCCAUCCAAAGCCACCAGAGAUCUCCUCGGAAGAGGUCCUCCAGCUUUCCCUGGGCGGCUUUCUCCAGAGCUUCCAAGCUACUUUGCUUUUCAGAACCAGGGCGUUCUUUUUCAUCCAAGCCUGCCUUGACUGUAUAACCCCACAAGCCUCUUUUCCCCUGAAAGAAACAUUAUUAUUUUUAAUUCCUGCCUGCUAAUAUUUGAACCCAGUCAGCCUCCUGUUGUGCUGCGUGCUGCGUUGGUUUUCCACCCGUGGUCCGUGAAAAACUCUGGAGAAAUGUUGACUUUUCACCCGACGUGUUUCCUUCUGACCCUUCACUGUCUUUUCUGGUGAAAGCGAGGGCAUCUAUCAACGUUUACCAACCUGAACUAAUUUCUUCGAAUGCCUCUCGCUAACCUGAACUAUGAGAAAAUCUUUGAGGGCUAAGACAAGUCAGCAAGCUUCCCGUGUAGGUCCGAGCUCGGCUUUGCUGCCGACAUUUGGCAUCAAGACUGGCACUCUGAACGCCAAGUGAGACAGAAUUGCCCCAGGAGGUGCCAGUCAGUUUUGAUGCCCAUAAAUUCUGCACAUUUUCCCUUGCCUUGACUCCACUUCUACUGUCCCAAUGCCUUUGAUCAACGUACUGAAGAACAGGACGGACUUUUGAACAGGCACAAAUGAACAGCGGUAGCUGCCUGCUUCCUUGCAGAGCAUGAAAUAAGGCAUGCCUGAUCCUUCACCCAGCAAAGUUCUAACUUAGCUGGGCUGCUGUCAUUCACCCAUUAAGCCUCUCCUGCGAUUACGACCUUUGAGCUGUGUGAUCCUCCAGGGCACCUUGGUUUAGGGGCCAUCGCAAUCAGCAAGACUUGUGCUAAAUAUGUUUAAGGGCUGAAGAGCCCAUGGGUCUCGGACAUCUUUGUGUGGCAGGUUUGGGGGUUGCUUUUUUUACUGAUAAUUCAUCAGCAGCAUCAACGUGCAUGGCAUUUUCCGAGGGGUGUGUGUGUGUGGAACCACCAGAUCCCUAUCCCCCAAGGAGCUUAGACUAUAAAUUUCAUCAGUGCAGUAAGCUAAUAGCAGAGGGUGGGAAUGGAAGAGAGAGAGGAGAAAACACAGUUUGAUUGCGCUUAGUGUCAAGCCUUCUCAUCUGCAGCUGUAGCGCGUGAUCUGGAAGAAAGAAGAAUUCAGGGCAAGGCAGGUAUGUUCGUCGUCCCUUCCACCUGAGCACCUCUGCAGGCAGUGCAGGGAGCCGGCAGGUUGAAUACACAACUUGCAGUAGUUCACACAACUCAAUGGAAUCAUCACAGGGCAAAGUGCCCCAUGUUUCUGGACUUGGGAGAUUACCAGUGCAAUAAUGCCUUUAUAAAUCGGCCCCAAAGGCCCAUCUAGUCUAUCGUCAUGUCUCCAGCAGAAACGGGAAAGAAAGCUCACACACCAGUGUACGAGGGCAUAUGCACCCUCUGUGGAUUUGUCCCUAUAGCAUCUCGGAAUCAGCGGCGCACUGCUUUUAAACAUGGACAUGUAAUUUAUAAUUAUCAGUGGCUGGUGGACAUUCAUAGACUUGCCUUCUUUGCAAAUGUAACUUUAAAAAACCCAAAAAAACCCUAGUGAAUUCACUGUCUGGCCAUCACCACAGCUCACGUCAACAAAUUGCUAAAGUUAAUUAUGUGAAGCAUUUCAUUUGUGCGUAACCUGCCAAUCGGCUUAAUUGGGAGAGGCUAAAAAUCUGCCGUUUUGACAGAGAUGGAGGGUAAUUGCUUGAUGCUUGCUCUGUCUCUCUGAGCAGCACAUCCAAUCCUUAGAAUUUGAGGUACUGGAGAAAAUGCAGUCAGGUUGCAGUUCUAAGCGUUUGACGGAAAAACCUACGAUAAAUGUGCUCAGUAGGAUUUGCACAAAAGAGUGUGUCAGAAUGUGCAAAUUCCCUUCUGGAUUAAAUUGCUUUGUGAAUCAGGCUCCAGUAUCCCCAGAUUUCUGCUGGACUUAAUUCUAAGUAAUUAAUCGUGCUUUUAAUUGCCGCUUGAUAAUUGAUACCCCAGCCCUGAACACAUUUACACAAGGGAUCAAAACAAUCAAGUCCCAUUGAUUUAAGGGUUGUGGUUUUAGGCUCUGUGGGUUUGGAAGUGAAUUUAGAGACAAUCAAUUUCUAUAGUGUAUUUAUUCCAAAGUUUUUGCAGUGAUUGUAAUAGUACUAUUAUUACUUAGUUCCUACAGAGAGUGUGUGUGUGUGUGUGUUUAAUUAUCCUUUAUUCAUGUGUGUUUGUGUGUUUUACGACCCUUCAUUCAGAGAAAACACAAACUCUUAAUGUGCGGCAAGAACUUUAGCUUGGAAACAUCACACCCUGAGGGAGCCAAGAGCAAUUUAUAUCAUUCAACUAUUCUGAUUUUUACUUUCAUCUGCAUGUCUGUUUAAGAUUUGGCUGAGAAGCGACAGAUGAUAUGCUCAAAAGAGAAUACAAUUAAUGUUUUAGGACAUAAUAAAUCUUCUUCAUGGCUAUUUUUAAUGGAAAAGCUCAAAUGUGCAGGCUGAGGCUAAUUUUUAGGGUGCUUUGCUUGCUUAUCUACAUUAUUUCCAAACUGCGCGCUAGUUUGAACUGGGAUGGGAGGGAGAGAGAGGAUGAAAUCCAUCAAGCAUGUCUUAUGUCCAUAAAGCCGAUAAACAUGCGAUAUGCACAGCAACUGUGUGAUCAGUAGACCUGCAAUUUUGUUGAAAUUAAUUGUGUUUGCAUGGGAGAGAGAAGUUCCGUGGAAUGCACCUUAGAACGUCCGAUAUCGCGAACCACAAGUGAGUUUUACCCUGCGUGAAACAAUCCCACAAUAAAGAUACAUACUGAUCCAUUUGUUUCCCAAACCCGA